AGGUAGUUUGGUCCUCUUAGCAAGGCCAGCCUGGAGCUCUGCCCCUUGAGGAGAGACCUUCAGAGGUGCUGGAGGAUGAGUGGGAUAAUGCCAACUCCUGCUGCUCCCUGGUGAGCUGGGACACCAGACCUGAAGCUGGACUUGACCUGGUCUUAGAAGGAAAUGCUGUCUUUCCUCUGUGGCCACCCCUCAGCUCUCAACGUCUUCCACUGAACAAUUGACUUCCCACUCUAGGAGGCAAGGAUCAAAUGGGUUGAGGACAACUGGCCCUUCUUGGCUUUGGCAAAGAGGAUUCUUUGGUGUAUUUUGAAGUGCCAGGACAUGAAACAGUAAAUCCCUUCUUCCUGCACUCCUGCCAGCAGCCCUGACUGCAGUCCAAGCCAGCCAGUUAAAGGGUUAACCGUAGCUGGAUGCCUGAAUGGCUGCCUUGCUGAUCCCACGGAGGAACAGAGGGAUGAGGACUCGCCUGGGCUGCCUGUCUCACAAAUCAGACUCAUAUAAUGAUUUCACAGCUAUUCUUCCGGACAAGCCCAACCGGGCUUUGAAAAGACUGUCAACAGAAGAAGCUACAAGAUGGGCAGACUCUUUUGAUGUCCUUUUGUCCCAUAAAUAUGGGCUGGCAGCUUUCCGUGCUUUCCUGAAGACAGAGUUCAGCGAGGAGAACCUGGAGUUCUGGCUGGCCUGCGAGGACUUCAAGAAGACGCGCUCGGCGGCCAAGCUGGCCUCCAAGGCCCAGCGCAUCUUCGAGGAGUUCAUCGACGUGCAGGCCCCUCGGGAGGUGAACAUAGACUUCCAGACACGAGAGCUGACCAGAAGAAAUGUGCAGGAGCCCUCCCUCUCUUGCUUUGACCAAGCUCAGGGGAAGGUGCACAGCCUGAUGGAGAAAGACUCGUACCCCAGGUUCCUGAGAUCCAAAAUUUACACAGACCUGCUGUCUCAGACCCAGAGGAGGCUCAGCUAGGAGAGCCACGGGGCCCUCAGAAACCACGUGCUUCCCUCCACAGCCAACAUGUCCAAAUGUGAAACUUUCUUGGUGUUAAAAGCAGUGGGAAUGGGAAAAGAGGGAGAAGGGGCAGAGGAAGCUUCCAGAGAGUGAUCCAGGCGUGGUAUUAAGACUCUUUGACUAUCUGUGCUUUUUUUUUUUCUGUUAGCAGUAGCACCUUGCAGUCGUUCCCUCUGUCUAGCACAAACCCACAACCCUCUCAGGGUCAUCUGUGGGCAAGGCAGGCUCCCUUUGAAAUGGCUGGGUUGGUUUGUGUGUAAAUAACACCUUUCCAUCCUCCCACACAUCUCCCUGUCUCUCACCUCUCCCUUGUGCUCGGGAGGGCCCCCAGGGCAGUGCUGGCCCUCGUGAAGCCACAUCCAGCCCCCCUCUCACCCUGCUGGGGUCUGGGGCUGAGGGGAGGGAGAGAGGGGACAGGGGACAAAGGCACAGGGUUCAUUCCCUUUCUCGAAGUGGGAGCCAUCAGCAAACUCAGCUCACCUCCCCAUUUGUCUUGCACACCUUCUGGCUCAGCUGCCACCCUGUCACUGCCCCCUUUCCUUCAGGGAUGGAGGCUCAGAGUAUUCUCAAGGAGCUGAGCUUUCCUCCUGAGGAAGGCAAUCCCAAAAGCUCUCACUAGGCCUGGGCAGGCAAGUCUUCUAAUGUGAAUGCUUGUUUUCCACGGCUAUGAUUUAUUUGUGUGGUAGCUCAGUCUCAGCCAUCAUUCAGGCUCUGUUGUGCUGGGCACUGGACCAAAGCCUAGCACAAAGGGGCUCCUGGCUGCCACAGGCUUGGUGGCUCCUCAGGAAGGACCUGUUGGAACCCUCUGGCCCUUGCUGAGGUGUAGGAAAAGCACAAGGCCAGUCUGCCACAGCAGAUGGCAUUUUCCAUGGGGUACCUGGCCAGAGGCAAUGUGAAAUAUCCCAUUUCUAUUUUUGUUAUUUCCCUUUUACUGACUGUUCCCACUUUCUGAGCGUCCCCUGUGGGUUCAGUGCCCUGCAAAGAGCUCCCCAGGACACAGACCCUGCUGCAGGGUGCUGGCCCCCAGGGGGACACAAAGCAUGGAUGGGUG